GGACCGGUCGCUACUGUCCGCGUCCUUAAACCCGCGGCCGAGAACAAAACUUUUUCGCCAGUGUCAGCGUUCAAGAGACUCUAAUAGCCUUCUUGUUCACUACCGUUCCUACUCUCCGCCAACUUCACACUUCCGCACACGUUCUGCACUUUACUGGUCCUGAGUUGUGGAGGGUGCGCCGUCUUCUUCAUCGCGUGCCUUGUGAGGGACCUGAGAUUGGAGCUUCGAGGGAUUCGAUAUUGCUUAUCCUGUCUGAUCUUUGAUGACUAUGGCAGUGAAUACUUUAAUGAGGUCGGUUGCAGCUGGCCGAAUGCUUGCGGAACAAUUACAUUAUGGAGGGGUUUUAACACGUCCUACAAUACAAGACAUGGAUGGAACUAGACUACAGGAAGAUUUACCCACUUGUCCCAUGGUUUAUGCUAUAAUCACAGAUAUGAAAGUUUUCGGCAAUCCCAAAGUGGACAACGAUCAUUAUGAACAAUACCCGCCAACUUAUCCAUUGGAUGCGCCCCCUCCACCUGCUUUGGUCCCUCUUACUCUCGAAAAGUCGAAGUUAAAUGUUGAAUGUUGCAUCAGCACGGGAUUUGUUACAUCGAAGUGUACAUGGAACCUAAACUGCGUUCGAAGUCAAGCAAGUUGUGAUUGCCUUCUUGCAGUCCCUAUAGAUAACCAGGGUACUGUAUCAAGUGUCGAGAUUGACAUGGGUCAUGAUAGGCUGUACACUACCAUAGUUGUUCCUACGGAUGAAGCUGCCAGCUAUUGUACAAAAGGUAACACACAAGCAGAUGUAAAUGGCCCCGGCACAUAUAAUCCUGAGCUCUUCCGGCUGAAAAUUCCACAAGUGGAGGGUGGAGCAAAAUUGGAAGUUAAAGUCACAUGGUUCCAGUCUAUGAUAUUUGACAACGGAAUGUACUCAUUGCGAGUUCCAUUUGUAUUUCCUGAGCAUAUUCUGCCUAUCGCAACAAAAUUGUCUUCCAUCAUAAAGGUCAAAUGUUCAAUCAACACCGGGACAAACGGUGGCGUAGAAUUGGGUGCAUUUGGCAAUCCUAUGGAGGAAAUUUUAAGAGAACAUGGAAAGGUUAUAUUUAAGAAGGGAGGAAAUGACUGGAAGAAUCAGGAUUUUAUUGCUUCGUACAAAACGUGGUCAGAUGGAAUAUUUCCAAAUUUGAUUUUUCAAGACCCAGAACCUGGUGAAUCUGACAAUCGAGGGUCGUUUUGCCUCUCAAUAUCUCCCCCAGAUCCAAACAAGAUCAAGGUAUUUCAAAGGGCUGUGGUCUUUUUGUUAGACAGGAGUGGAAGUAUGAAGGGCAAGCCAAUUGAAGCUGCCCGGCAGGCUCUUUAUUUUGGUCUAGAAUCUCUUAAACCAGAGGAUUCCUUCAAUAUUAUUGCUUUUGACCAUGAUCUUACCUUAUUCUCGCCUCAAAUGGAACGAUCAACCACAACUUCCAUUGCUCGGGCUUGUGAAUGGUCAAUGACAAAUUGCACAGCCAGAGGUGGCACCGAUAUUCUCAGCCCUCUUCAACAGGCGUUCCAACUUCUUGAAAAUUUUCCCGGUGCGAUACCUUAUGUGUUUUUGAUCACUGACGGAGCUGUUAGUGCGGAGCAGAAUAUCUGUCUCACAAUGCAGUCACGUAUUGUCGCACUAGGUGCAAGGGCGCCUCGUAUUUCCACGUUCGGAAUAGGUCACUAUUGCAACUUUUACUUCCUGAAGAUGCUUGCUGUAAUUGGCCGUGGCAUGAAUGAAGUAGCCUUCAAAUCUGAUAAAAUUCGGGGUCAAAUGGAACGAAUGCUGGUGGCUACAGCCGCUCCAGUUCUCACCAACAUUGGUUUGGCAAGGUUACCUGAUAAUUGUGAGGUGUAUCCAUUUCCAAUACCAGAUCUCUUUUGCGGAAAUCCUUUGAUAAUUUCUGGAAAAUUCUAUGGCAAGUUCCCAGAUUCUUUAAUAGUUAUGGGUCUCAUGCCUGAUCAAAGUACGUGGCAAAUUGAGGUUCCAAGCAGAAAUUCUUCUAAACUUCCUCUCAAUAGGGUUUUUGCAAAGCAGCAGUUGGAUCUUUUCACUGGCCAAGCAUGGUUAUGUGGAAACAAAAGCAGAGAACAAGAAGCUGUUAACUUAAGUCUAUCAACAGGUUUGCCCUGUCAAUACACCCGGAUGAUAGGCUUUGAGACAACCAGAGAGAAGUUCGAAGAGUUUCAGAGUCAACGUAAGAAGGGAAAGAAGAUGGACGUCAAUAAGUUUAUCACUGCCAAAGCUGCUGGUGUAGUGCUCAUUGGAGGUCUGGUCGUUGGAUUCGGCAGUGUGGCUGCUACACUAGCAAAUUCGGUUAUCGAGGACACAAUCGCAGACUCCGUUGAGAGCGCACUGGAAAGCCUUGGUGGGACUGUUGGCGAUUGGUGCGAUUGUUGUUUACGUUGUUUCGAAUUUAUUUGCACGAAUGUAGAUUGUCUUUGUGGCUGUGAGUGCUGUGAGUGCUGUGGGGCUGUCCUUGAAGGAUGUGAGUGCUUUUUGGGAGGUGCUUGCGAAUUAAUUUUCGGUUGCCUCUGCGGCCUUCUUGAUAUGUAAAUGGACUACAUUCUGAAGUUCUUUAACGUGAGAGCUACUGUGUAUUUUUAUUUCCAAAUACCUCCUUACAUGCGCAAAAAUCGAGACUAUCACAACCGAAGGAUCAUACGUUCCGAUUCUUCUAGUUUGUUACAGUUGGUACCAAUAUGAAGGAUUUUGAUACAUGCAACUAGAUUCUUGAAUGGGUAAAUUUUGAUCGAUGGUAUGCUUGUGAUGAAUUGACUGGACAAGUAGUAGGAUCAUUUAGUAACGAUUUGUACGCGAUGGAUGUGAUUAAUACUAUAGCUGAUCAAAUUGGGUAACGAAUCAGUUACGAUGUGAUUUUUCUGAACCGCCGCCCCGAUCAGUCCUGCCUCUUCACAAGUGAAGACAGGACUGAUCCUCAUGCCCUUCCCGUGCUCUUAACUUCUCGUCCUCCCCUGGUCAAAGAGAAAUCCGUUCUUCUAAGCCGCGUUCCAUCCCAUCCAAUUUGGGAGCUUUCACUGACAAUCCAUCCAGAUCCAGUUUUCGGAGUAGGAAGAUAGACAAGAGACAAUGGCGAGGAAGCUGAUAAUGGCGGAAAAUCGCACGAGAAUGCAUUCCAAGGAGACUCCCUGGGGCAAGUACUUGCGGAUGAAUAACUUGGCUAUACAUAGAUCAAAGUUACGUCAUAUGAAAUCUACUGUGGACACUGCAGCCCCCAGACAGUGCCCCCAACAGAUUAUAAACAGAGAGAGGUCGGAUUUUGAACAAGGUAAAACUUCUUUGUGCUAAUUCGUCCGGCUAGAAUCCUCCAUUCUCAAGGAAGCAGAGCUUGAUUCCCUGAUAUUGGUUUGCCUUCAUCUCUAUCCGACAUUCGGGACAUCUUGAUGGCAAUUAAUUAACAAGUGUCCCGUCCGCUGCCACAAGAGGUACUUCCAGGAUUGCGGUUGUGCACAGAUGACAUGAUAACCAUAGUAUAUAGGAGCGGAUUUGUCCUCUAGUAGGUGUACAUUUGGUGUGGAUAACUUUCUUGCAGAAACCAUUAACAAGCGUUUUUAACGAUCGUUUGCAGGUAAGACCAUCUCAAAGUACCUUUUAACUUUGUCCUCUUUUCCAAAUCUGAGUCAAAACAAACGUUUUCUAUGCAACAAAAAUGAGAGGAAAACAUGAUGCAGCCUGGUAUCGAAGAUCACAGACUGAUGCCAAAUCUUCCGAAAUUCACCUACAAUGCAGAUCAGCAUCCUUAAGAACCCGCAGGAUGUAAAACCCUAGUUCUACGUAUCUUAGCUUGCAAUUAAACUUCUCCAAGAGAAGAGCAAGGAAGCUAAGUUCGUAGGGUUUAGAUUUCUCACGAAUGGAUUGGCAAUCGUGCACUCACACAGAAAACUGAAAGGAUCUGGUCGUCAGGUCAUGGUUUCAGUAGCUUGUAAGGAGACUAACCUGGGGGUGGGGGGUGGGUGAUGGCUGUUUUUGCUGACAAUUGUUAGUGCUUGGUGGUGCUUCCAACUGGAUUGGCAAAUUCAAAAAGGGCGCCAAGAGUCUUUCUGAUUGCAGGCCAUGGUCAGUUCCGAAGAUCUUGAAGAACGAUCUGGCGCCGUUUUCCACACUGAGGAUUCAGCCACGAGAUGGUUAGUGACCUACACUACGCCUAGGAUUAUAUUUCCAUGAUCUCCGCGUUAGACUGGAACUCAUACGCCAGUGGAAGCGAAAGGUCUGUUUUGGCUGGCACUUCGGUUUCAAUUUACCUUCAACUCUUGUGCCCCUUGAGCUUUCCCUCUCAUUCCUGCAUGUAUUUGACCCAAUUCAGAGGAAGGUAACUGUGGUGAUUCUAAAGGGAAAAGGGUAGGUAAAGGGGAAAAGAAGAGAUGUGGUAAUAUUAAACCAUGUCCAAAGCCAAAAGGCUGGACAAUCAACUGCGAGCGUAAGGACUCUAAAAGACCUUGUCUAACAAAUUCUGAGAUAGCUAUCGUCAGCUUUUCUGUGGGAUUAUGCUGUAAGCAGCAUCCAAUUAGUGAACCAUCCUUAUCAUUCCUACACUUGUCUACAUUUACGACCAAAUUUUCCUCUCUAGAUCUUGAUGGGCGUGAUGCUGCGUCUAAUGAUCGACUUUGUGGUACUUCAUGAUGUCGGAACAAGUAGGCUCCCCUGAAGUGGGCGGCAAGUACUGACUUGAUAAUCGCUGACCAGUUAGUAAAAUUAAGUAUUAACAGAUGGCUUAAAUUUGACUGGCAGUUCCUGAAGGACGUAAGAAGAGUGUGAGUGAAAUAGGUAAGGAAAACACUAGACCGAUUGACUUGGUAGUGUCCGUCAUGCACUCCCUCUGCAGCUGCAUUCUCUGGUUCUAGCACCUGGUGUGACUCGGUUUUCGCAGUGCACGGCAAGUUUCAAUGACAGUCUGCAUUAUAGGGAAUAUCUACUAGAGUAGGUGUAGGAUAGUAGUUUUAAAUGCUGCGAGUAUUCAUGAUCAGUUAUCCCCAUGUAUUCGUCUCAAACGCUUCAUCUUAAUAUCGUAUGAAUGUAAAUCAAUGAUGGAAGUUACCGAGAUUCAUCACGACGAGCAUUCUACAUUUGAUAGAAUAAAAGAAAGAGAACACUGGAGAUGGCAGAUAGGUUGCGAGUAAUAGAGCAAAGCCUCCAAUGUCACAAGCAAAGGAUACGCAAAAUCCAAAAGGGUCCUUCGGUAUACACUUGUAAGAAGAAAAACUAUCUCAACCGCGGAGAAGCGCCAUUAUAUCACAAGUAUGCAAGAUUCUUCCCUUGCACACAUGCAUCAGAUCCUUACUGCUGUAAGCCUACGGCAUGCAGUGUAAAGACGAGUAACGACAGGGUAACUCGUACAGGAAAGAUAGAGUUCUUCAUCUACUAGGAGAUCAAAUCUGUAUAUUGGCAAAUGUGAAUAGCAAAUGUCUGUCACAGUUUCAACA